AAGUAUUUUUAAAAUAAUACAAAACACCUUCACAUCAUAUUAUAAUCUUCUAAAAAAAAAAAAAAAACAUGUAGAAAAAACAAACAAUUGCAAAUUAGGGAGUGUAAUGAACUCUCGCGAGAUUUCACUUGAGCAAACGCCACGUCUUACCAGGAGCAUCCACGCAGACACAGUGUUUUGCGGGUUAUCGAGACAAAUUACACGCAGGACAGACAGUAAACCAGCCGUCCAGCAGGCAGUGAUACCUGACACAAUCAGGGGAUAAUAUGGGUUGUGUACGUCUGCUGGCACUGACGCUGGCCACGUCUGCGGUGCUCCUGUUAGCCGCCCAUUCAACCGCCGCCCACAGCCAUUCCCAUGGCGACCACGACCACGGCCACCAUCACCACGGCCACUCCCACGGAGAAGACGAUCACCAAGAAGAUGUGAGGAUGUUCCACGGAGCGAGCAAGUGGAGCGCCGAGGCCAACCUCCCUGCACCUGAAGAGGAGCACCACGGGCACGCUCACGAUCACGGGCACGCUCACGAUCAUGGACACGGGCACGCUCACGAUCACGGGCAUGCUCACGAUCACGGGCACGAUCACGGGCAUGCUCACGAUCACGGGCACGCUCACGAUCACGGGCACGCUCAUCAGGAGGAUGUUGUUCGGGUGCACAAGGAGGAGAGUGGACACGGACACUCCCACGGAGGGGAGAGGGUGAAGAGGGAGGCCGAAGGAGAGAAGAGGGACUUGGUGGAGCUCUGGACACAGGCCAUCGGAGCGACCCUGCUCAUCAGUGCUGCUCCGUUCCUCAUCCUGUUCCUGAUCCCAGUCCAGUCCAACAGCGACAAGCACCAGAACCUGCUCAAGGUGCUGCUCAGCUUCGCCUCAGGUGGACUGCUGGGUGACGCCUUCCUCCACCUCAUACCACACGCUCUGGAGCCCCACUCUCACCAUGGAGAAGAAGAUCACGCACACUCGGAGGCGAGGGAGGAGUCACAUGACCACGGUCACUCCCAUGGAGCGGCCCACGAUCACAUGAUGUCAGUGGGUCUGUGGGUUCUCGGUGGGAUCAUCGCCUUCCUGGUUGUGGAGAAGUUUGUGCGGGCGCUGAAGGGAGGCCACAGCCAUUCACACGGGCACGCGCAUGAUGCUCCCAAAGAAAAGGACAGUGAUGGAGAAGAAGAAAAAGAAAAGAAGAAGAAGAAGAAGAAAGAGGAGAAACCAGGCAAAGAUGUGACGGUGCCAAAGAAGGAAGAGACAAAGACCACAGACAUCAAGGUGUCCGGUUACCUGAACCUGGCAGCUGACUUCACACACAACUUUACUGACGGUCUGGCCAUCGGAGCGUCCUUCCUGGUUGGUCCAACAGUCGGCGCCAUCACCACCGUCACCAUCCUGCUGCACGAAGUCCCACACGAGAUCGGAGACUUUGCCAUCCUUGUCCAGUCUGGCUGCACCAAAAAAAAGGCCAUGUGUCUACAGCUGCUGACAGCCCUGGGAGCUCUGGCCGGCACAGCUUGCUCCCUAUUGGCUGAGGGCGUGGGCGCCGCGGCGACCGCCUGGAUCCUGCCGUUCACAGCCGGCGGGUUCGUCUACAUCGCCACGGUGACCGUGCUCCCAGAACUGCUGGCGGGCCGCUCCAGUUUCGGCCAGUCGCUGAAGGAGAUCCUGGCCCUGCUGUUGGGAGUCGGCAUGAUGGUGCUGAUCGCCGAGUACGAGUGAGACGCAGCCCGAGAGGACGGAGAACCAAAAAAGGGCCAAAAACGGUUAAAAAAUAAAUGCUGUAUUUUUAAGUAGCUUUCAAGAGGAUUAUUUUUUGCCAGGGGUGUGUAUUUUCUUUUUUUUUUUUAAUUAAUUAAUUCUGUUUUGGGACCAACACCACCUACUGACGGCGAACGGAUGAUUUUUGUCGUCUUGUGUUUUCAGCAGGUCGUGGUCGCAUCCCUGAUUUUUUUAUUUCUUAUUUUCGGCUUCUUAAAAAACAGCUCAGUGGGAGAAUUUGAGCCGUAAAGAAACAUGAUGGAAAUGUUUUUGAGGACUGCUGUGUUGUUCACCGAGGGCCUCCGUCAGGACAGGAAGUGGAAUCUCUCCCUCUGCCCGUCCGACUAUUCAAUCACCGCUUUCACCACACGGAUCAUUCAGCCACACGUUUACUGCAGCGGGACUUGACGGCCGAUUUCCUCCAAAAAGUGGCUUAAAGUAAAUUCAUCUUUCCGCCAGAAUGUUGUAUUCAUUUUGCAGGUGGUUGGUCUUUAAAUCUACAGAGUUGGGUCAGUGAAAGAGCAGAGGAAGCAAAAGUCUGACUUAGUUGUUCUCUCUACAGUGAUCUGAUCAGUUGUAUGUCAUAUUUGAAUGUUAAUAUUUUUACAUUCCACAAAAUAAAAGUCAAGUGUUGUGGCUUCAACAGAUGUUCUCUCAAAUCAUUAAAGUCUUUGUGAAAAGAAAA